AUGUCUGGAGGACGACAGACAAUACCCGCUGGCGGUGUCCGCCCUAAACGCGCCGCCGAAGCUUCCGAUCGCUACAUCUCUCCGGAAAGCAAAAAGCCCAGAUUCGAUCACCGAAAUCCUUCAACCCUCGCCCCUGAUGCCCCGGAAGAAGAUGCCAUCCUGGAAUUGGAUGAGAUUGGUAAGGGUGGUAUGCAGACAAAACGUAAUGCUGUCAAGCUCGAUGGUUACGAGAGCGACAGCAGCGACGACAAUUUCGAAGCCAGAGCAGACGAAAAGGCAGAGCUAGCGAAACAGGAAGGCAGAUCUGCCGAGACAAAGGAUGCAAAGAAUGCUGGAUGGAAUCAACGCGGCCAAGACACCGGAAAAUCAAAAGAUGAAGAUGAGAUGGACAUGUUCGCCGACGUCGACGAAGGCACUGGUGGUGUAGGAGGAACAGCAGACGGAGAUGACGAUGAAGAUCUGCGAGGCGAAGGCAAAAAGACGAAGAAAGACGUACGCUUCAUGGACAUCGACGACAUCGAAGGCCAAGUCCACAAGAGCAAGUCUGGAGGCCAUGUCCGUGCCGACUUUACCCUCGAUCCCAAGGGCAAGUCGCGUGCCGACGAUGAUGCUAGCGUUGAAAGUAGCAGUGAGAGCGGUAGUGAUUCGGAACGCGAUCGUCUGGACGGUGAAGACGAAGAUGCAGAGGAACUGGGUGCCGGCAGUAAGAAAAGGCACGCCCCUAAACUCGACGCCUUCAACAUGCAGCAAGAGGGCGAAGAGGGUCGUUUCGACGAAGCUGGCAACUUCAUCCGUAAAGCUGCCGAUCCGGAUUCAGUUCACGACAGCUGGCUGGAAGGCUUGAACAAAAAGGACAUGAAGAAGGCAAAGGCUGCUCAAGAAAAGCGUGACGAAGAGCGAAGGAAACAAACCGCUGCCGACGAUGCUCUACUAACCUCUGAUCUAUACGGCACUCUGAUCACUCAUCUACACAAGGGCGAGUCUGUACUGGAAGCCCUACAACGCCUCAAUGCAGCUGCUCCCAAGUCAAAGCAGAAGAAGGUGCCCAAGUGGAAGCAAAAGAAGCAAGCCGCCAAGUCAGAUGCCAUGGACCUAGAUGCAGAUGGAGGUGCCCAAGAGGACCCAGCCGAAAAGCGCCGUGUGGCUGCUGUUGAAGCAAUCACUGCCGCUGCGGAUUCUAUUUUCAGCCGCAAUAACCCAGACAUCUACGACCACGAGCGUGAACUACUACAACGUCUAUACAAGCGCGAGACUGGCGAAGACUGGGUUGACCCCGUGUCGGAAGCACCUGCGGAUGAAAACGCCAUGUUCGAAUUCCGCUGGGCGGAUGCAAGAGAUGGUGGACAGACACAUGGACCUUACGACAAGAACACUAUGCGUUCCUGGCGUGAAGCUGGCUACUUUGGUCAAGAAGCCGAAGUCGAGUUCAGACAGGUCGGCAUAGAAGGCUGGUCAAGAAGUGUCGACUUCGACUAG